UAAAUGUUACUUGUCGUUCUCAAGGUAAGGCAGGGGGUGUACUCCUCUGUGCUUUGCUACCUGAUAAGAAGGGUCGCGCCUCAACAUCUUGCUGACCUUUAAUCAGACGCGCAUCAGGGAUAAGAUACGACUUGGCACAUCUGCAGACAGAGACCGACUGGUAGAACAGGAUGCCUGGGUCCAGCGGCGUUAACGUGGAGGGCUCUUGUGGGGCCCUGUGUCGAACCCUGGUUUCUCAGAACGGUCUGCAGAGAGACACUGCAGACAUCUCCCAGUCUGUCCUCUACACAUCCCUGAUGGGCCUGCUGCUGGUCGCUGACGAGAAAGAGCCGCUUACUGUUGGAAGUGGAAGAGUUGGCCUUAGAAACAUUGGGAAUACAUGCUUCCUGAACGCAGUGGUCCAGUGUUUGUCUCACACUUGCGUCCUGCGCAACUAUUGUCUUCUGAAGUCUUACAAGCAUGAGAAGUUUUCAAAAGAGGAGGCAAAGCUCAUGGAAAGUUUCUCCCAGGUACUCUCAGGCCUUUGGGAUGUCAGGGAAGGAGACACUGUUGUAAAUCCUCGACAGUUUUACAGCGUUUUUAAAGCAGCAGUGCCUUAUUUCAGCGGUUACAGCCAGCAAGAUGCCCAGGAGUUUCUCAGGUUCCUACUGGACAAGCUGCAUACUGAAAUAAAUCAGGCCUUAUGUUAAAAGGACAGGGAAGGAAACAAGACAAAUCUGUGCUUGAAUCCUGGAUCCAUCCCAUGUGAACGCACAACCUAUGUUUCCCCAUUUCUGAUCUGAUGUAGAAUUUCAGAAGAGGCGAAUGCGAUGUGGAAGAAGCACUUGGAAAGAGAUGACAGCAUAAUAGUAGAUCUUUUCUCAGGUCAGCUGCGGAGUUCACUGCACUGCUCGGUUUGUUCGCACUACUCCAACACGUUUGAUGUGUUCUGUGAUCUGUCGCUGCCCAUCCCUAAAAGGAGCUCUGUGGGGGAGGUCACCCUGCAGGAGUGUCUGGACCUCUUCUCUCAGGAGGAGAAACUUGACAAGGAAAACUCACCAAUGUGUGAGAGAUGUAACAGGCGUACAGAGUGCACCAAGCGGCUUUCCAUCCAGAGGUUUCCUCAGGUUAUUGUAAUCCAUUUGAACCGUUUCACAACAUCCCGGUGGUCUAUCAGUAAAAGCACAGUGUACGUGUCUUUUCCCCUCAAAAACCUGGACCUCGGACCUUACGGACCCGUUGACUGUGGCCCAGUUUUAUAUGAUUUGUAUGCAAUUUGUAACCACGCUGGGACUGUGAAUAUGGGCCACUACACGGCCUGCUGUCUAGAUCAAAGUGGAUGGUGCUUCUACAAUGACUCCAGCGCAAACUCGAUCACCGAGAACCAGCUUCAGACAAAUCAAGCCUACGUCCUGUUCUACCAACGCAGCAGCAGCACAGCCACCGUCAGGAAAUAGCCUAGAAGAUGCAGCCGAUCAGUCACCUCGCCUCCAGUGUCCAUAGAAACAAAUAGAAGCAGCAGCAGUUUUAACCCUGACAUCAGCAGCAAAAAACAUCUUGAUCUCAGUGUGCCUUCUCUGGAACUAAAAGCAGAGGGCGAGAGAAGGCAUGCUAGUUGUAACAGGUUUUAAUGUCAGUCGUGCUUGACAAGCAUCUCAGUAGCCAUUUCAGUGGCUCCAUGGCUACUCAGGGAGGUGAGAGCGUGAUGAAUAUGAUGCUCUUAUUCAUUAUGAACAGCUCUUAUUCUGCGAUUCUAUGUACGAUGUAAGCACUAUAUACAUCAUGUACAUCAUUAUCAAUCACGCUUACUGAUAUGAGCCCUUCAAAACAAAUCAAGAAAAUAUAGUAGAAAUAGGUCAUGACUUUGACAUGUAUGUGAGAAAUAAAAUGGCACCUUGAUCAUUUUUGUAAAUAAAUUCUUAUAAAUCUUCAAGUGGUCACACAUUAAAAUAAAACUUUCUGAAAAACGUUUUGCUUUUCCUUUUUCAAGCGAUUUCAUACGAGAUUUAUGGUUUCUGAAGAAAAGAAAGGAAAGCGGUGGACAGAUAGCCAUUACGUCAGCAAGGAUAUGUAGAUAAAGUGUCCG